UUGCUGAGAGAUAGACAGGUGUCCGGAUACCAACUGUGGUGAGAGUUUGCUCUUUCCGUCUCUUUCAGCGAGUCCCCCCGUGGAGGUGAAGUUACAAAUGAGCGGGUACACAUAUCAGACUUCUAAGGUCACCCGCUCGAGUCAGGUGAUGGAGGACAGCAAGAAGAAGACGUCUCUGCUGAAAGACGGCAGCUGGAUCAAAAAAUACGAGGAGGAGGAUGAAGAUGUUGACCGCGACCCAAACUUUGGCAGAUCUGUUCUGAGCCGAUACAAAACCAGUGAGACUGUUGAGAGUCCAAAUGGCAGUGAAGUAAAAACCACCAAAACCAUAAGCACGACCACAUCUGUGGAUGCCCUCACCAGGAGAUUCAGUGGAAGUCAGGAGGAGGUGAAGAGCAGCACCCUCCCUUCCAGCACGUCCACAUCAUCCUACACCAGAAGAACCAGUGCUGUUACAGAGGAACCAAAGACAAGCACCACAACCACGACCGUCUCCAAGGACGGCAAAACCACCGAGACCACCAUCACCACCUCCCAGAGCCUCAGAUCUCCUGUGAUUAAAUCUCCCACUAAGACUGAGACGUUCACUGAGCGAGUCCAAUCCUCAAGCAAAGGGCCACUGUACUCAAACUACACACCGACCAGAACUACGAAACCAACUGAGACUGUUUCCACCAACAAGGAUGCGGAGGCGAAACUUUACGACACCCUACUGCCCUCAGCCAUUAAGGAUGAUUACACAUCUACAGAGAGCAAAAGAACAAUCUCCACAACUGAGACUGUGAUAGUGAGAAGCAGCAGUGACACUGAUGUUGAGGACCAACUCUACGGUACACUCAUCCCAAGCGCUAUCAAGGACAGUGUUUCAGACAGAGGUUCCAGCAUCUCGAGGAGUAAGACUGUCACAGUGGAGAGCAGCAGAGGAGGCGACAGCCCAACUCUGUCAUCACCGUCCUUCACAGGAAGACUGAGCAGUUACAAUGUGUACUCUGACGAUAACCCCUCCACCCGCUCCACCUCCUACACCGUCAGCACCAAGCCCAGCGACGAAUACAGCAGCGACCAAAAAUCCUACUCCAGAACCGACAGCAGCUAUGAGUACAGCAGCAUCACCAGCCCCACUACCUACUCAUCAUCAUCGUACAGAAGCAGCAGCAGGUCAGAUGACAAUCUAGGAGAUUCAAUCUACUCUAAGUCCUCCACCAAGAGUCUGUAUGGAUCUUCUGACAGGACAGUGCAUGAGAAAGAUUUGUGUACUUCCUGCCGUAAGCCGUUCACUGGAGACGCCAAGAUGGUCCUGGAUGACCUGAAGAUCAACUGCCACGCUACCUGCUUCAAAUGUGAGGUGUGUAACUGCACUCUGGGUAACAUGAAGGCCGGCGACAACAUUUGGAUCUACAAACGCAUGGUGCACUGCGAGAACUGCUUUGAGGUCACCAGAGACAAAUGGCGGCGUUGAGUUUCUCGUGGGAUUUCAGUGGAGAUUCAGCCUCUCGAUCAAUGAUGACGAAUCACUGUUUAUCAGCAUGUUUCUGGGGACACUGGUUCCCCUGUACUUUAGCUGAGAGAUCUUAAUCUGGGUGUUCUGGCAAAAGAUGGUUUCAUUAUACAAAUAUGUUAUACUCUUUAUUUUAAACAUGCAUUGCAUCUAGUUGUUACAGUGUUUUUGACACAGUGAUAUUUUAUGUUUCUGUAUCGACUCUUUCAUAGGUUGAAGAUGAGUAUUUCUGAUACUCUCUUAGUUCUGAUGCCUUUAUGGGGACUCUUUGUGUAACUUGAUAAGAGAUAUUGCAAAACUUAGGGCCGGGGGCUUUUUCUGUGUGCAAUAAAGUUCACGAAUGUGUAUUUAUCAAAAAAGUUAAAUGCAUUCCUUCUUUUGUGUUUGAAGAAUAGUUAUAAUUCUUCAGUUAUAUAUAUUUUACAGUCAAAAUUCUACAGAAAUAUUAAACAUAUAAUUAUUUUAUAUCACUGUCAUAGAAUGUUCAAUUAUUAAUCUUGUUGGAAUACUCCGUGAGAAACGAGAAAAGCUUCACUAUCACCAUGGUGCUCGACAGUUUUCUAUAUGUUUUUAUCCCAGUGAAUAUAUUUUACUGAUUCUCUAAUA